ACACGGAGCAGUGUGGUCAGAGCCGCUGCGUAGAGAUACUUUUCUUCUCUCGUUCUUUUUUCUUUGAUCCCUCGUCUUGAAAGAGAUUUCGGCCAUUAAAGCUACGGCGGCUGCGUUAUGGCAAAAGUGUUCACAUCUUUUUCCCAGAAUGUGAGAUAUUUGACUCGUUCGUUUGAGCCAAGGUUGUUGGCGGCUGAUCUUGGGGGUCAACCCAGGUCGAAGGUCACGACCUGCCUCUUCAGCACAUGUCGUGUUGAUAGAACGAACACAAGCUAUCCACGACCAAGGUUGUCACCGCAGGAGGUAUCUACAAUUUUGCGUCAAAAUGAAGGCAUGAUACAGCUGGACAGUGGAGGAACAGGAUGGACAGAACAGGGCUACACAUCAUCAGGCUCUUAUUCCAUAGAUUCUGUUGAUUCCAAUCAGUUGGCUUCCAACUCUCCCAUAGAAGAUAAACUAGCAUCAGCAAGAUGCCUGCACACUACAGGAUAUCUCUUUGGUGUGUUUGAUGGUCAUGGAGGGCCAGAGUGCAGUCAGGUUGUGGCCAAAAGACUCUUUGACUAUGUGGCUGCUGCACUGCUCCCACGCAAGGAGUUACGUCGGGUGGUAUCCGAGUGGGAAGCGGGUAAUCGCAUACCUCUUAUUCAGGUCUAUAAUGAUCCAUCUCAGUUUGUGUCUGAACUGCAGGAAAUUUACCAAGAUUCAUUUUUGAGAUACUGCAUUUCUCUGCUCAGUGCAUUUGAUGAAGAUUUCAGUAUGGAGGAAGUAUUGAUUCAAGCAUUUACUCAGCUUGAUAAUGACAUGGGGCGGGAGGUAAAAGAGAAUCAGCAAUCUGCAGUGCUGGAACCAUUAUUACGUGUUGCUCUUUCUGGCUCUGUUGCAUGUGUAGCCCACAUUGAUGGUCCACAUCUCCAUAUUGCUAAUACUGGAGACUGUGGAGCUGUUUUAGGGAUGCAGUCUCAAACGGCAGGCAGUGGCUGGCGAGCACUUCGUCUAACAAGAGAUCACAACUGGGAAAAUCCAGAUGAAAUUGAACGUGUGCUAUCUGAGCAUCCAGACUCAGAGUCUGAACAUGUAAUAGUAGAUCAACGACUCUUGGGUGUAUUAAUGCCCUUCCGAGCAUUUGGUGAUUUCCGCUUUAAGUGGGACCUAGUAACACAAUCAGAAAUAAUUCAACGUUACUUAGGGCCUGAGCACUUGAUUCGUCAUUGUGUGACUCCUCCAUACCUGACAGUUACACCAGAAGUUACUUACCAUCGUCUUCGACCUCGUGAUAGAUUCCUUUUGAUGGGAUCUGAUGGAUUGUGGGAAUGCAUGAGUCCAUUAGACACAGUCACACUUGUGGGAGAGUACAUGUCAGGUCGGCAGACCUUGCAGCCAGUACGUUUCCCAAGACAGGCAAUAACACUUAGGGAAGUUGCUAGUAUAUUAGAACAGAGGCAGAAAGGCCUGAACCUAAAGCCUGUGGAUACUAAUGCUUCCACCCACUUGAUACGUCAUGCACUGGGAGGCUCUGAUGCAGGCCUUGAUCAUGCACGACUCUCUCAUUCGCUCACACUCCCACCUGAAGUCCGGCGUUUUUUCAGAGAUGAUAUAUCAAUUCAUGUAAUAUUUUUUGACCCAAAUUUCUUAAGAGUUUGCCCAGUGGAAAUCUAGUAUGUCUGUAUGAUUUGCUAACUAGUUUCCAAGAAGAAAUCCCAUUUAUACUUGAUAAAACAUUAACAACCACCAUAAUAGUUUGAGGGAGAAGUAUAAAGAAAGAAACUGUCAAUGAGUACUUUGUAUGAAUUUUUAGAUAAAUCAGAAGAUAUAUGUUUGAAAUAUUUGAGAAAAAUGUGUACAUAUUAGAUAAAAUAGAACAUACCUUAAAUAUUACUUAUGUUAUGUUAUAAGAUUUUUUUAUAGUUAAUCAUUCUUGUUAACUUCUUAUCUAGAGUAUAUAAUAGACACUGAUAAAAAAUGUAUGAAGUAAGGAAGGAAACAGAAAAUUCUUAUACAUAAGAGAUGUAAUUGUCUGUGAUAUAUAUAUGUAAAUAGCAGUUGUGGUUUGCCUUAUGGCAUAAGAGGAAAUUUUUUUGGUUUCUUGGUGCUCUUACUACUCCAUAGUUGAGGAAGAUAUUAGAUAUUCCUAUCUUUGGUAUGCCUAAAUCAAAUAUUGACAGACCAUGUAAUUCUGACAUGAGAGAUUACUUCAGUUCCAUUGCUUUGUUCAGUGUUAUAUCCUGUAACAGUGACUAGUAAUCCAUUGUUAUAUAUGGAUAUGAGCUAUUAUCUUUUUGUCUCUUUUUCUCUUUCAUUUUGUUGCAUGAAUUGCAUAAAGGCAAUACUAAUUUGUCUUCAGGGAAAUGAUUUGUAUCUAUUCUAAACCAGGCUCUAAAAACUAGCUGGUCACCAGUGGCAAAUUGCUGUUUGUGGCUGGUUUUGCUGCUUACUAUUUUUUGUCUGGUCCCAAAAAUGAAUUUUCACCUGAAACCUGUUGCAAAUGUGAAUAUUAUGAGUUAUGCAUAAAUGAAAGAUGAUAAAGAAAACAGACUAAGGGGGGCUUCACCACCCUUGCGUCCUGCUAUUCAAGCCCCUGCACCCAGCAAAACUACAAUGUUGAGAACCCUGCUAAACUAAGGUAGAAAAUAGUUGCAUGUUCAGAAUGGAAAUGAGGGAUUUCUACUUUUAGUAUGAAAAUUGAGGUCAUUUUUGAUAAGCAUAAGAAGCAGCCAGUAUGCUAAUUACAUUUGUAUUAUAGAUAUAUGACACUCUUAGUGGAAUUGAGUAUUUCCUAAUUCUAGUCUACAAGCCAGCAUUCUUUACCCUGAUUGAAUAGGAACUAGAAUUAUUGAGAACUGAAGGCAGAACAGGAUCUUCUGAGCCCUCUUCCUGGGAAUUUUCAUAAUGGCUACAACUUUGAUUUUAUUGAUUAGUACCAUGGGAUUGCUGUUUGAAGAGAAUAACCCUUUUUUGUGAUAUUGUGAAAAUCUGAGAAAAGAUUGCAGAAUGCAUUUUUUUCUGUUAAGGGCUACUAAAGGUUUAAGGAAAUAUAGGAUUAUACAAAAAUUGAAAUGCAUAUUUUUGAAAAGCAAGGUUAUUUAUCCUUCAAAUACUUAUAUUACAUUUGGAAUGAAUAAAACAGAUUUGAAAU